AUGACAUCGCCCGGAGAUGCUGCUCCGGUCAAACCUCCGCCGUCCUUCUCGCCCGGCGUGCCUCGAGUCUCUUCCAAGACGAGAUACCCUGAGCGUCGCGACUCGUCCGCGUCUUUAGACCCGGAAAGGGUUGAGCCCAGAAUAGCCUCGCCUCCGACCAUCCCGCUUUCGAACACCACCGAUCUUCCAAUUCGAUCUGGCUCCCCCUCCGCUCGAUCCGUCAGGUCCACGACACCCCAAAUAGGGAGAACGUCGCUGGGUUCACCUCUAGAUGGGCGCGCUGAUUCCGCUCUUGAUACGCGAUCUCUGAUUAUUCGGUCCUUCUCCCCAGUUGUUGGCGUCUACUCAUCACCCGACACUGAUGAGCUGGUGCGGCAAAAGGGCUUCAAGGGUGGUUUCUGGGAGUUGAUUCGGCCAUUCGGAGAAAAUGUGCCAGGGAAACUGGUCAUCCGUGACAGUAUUGGGUCAAGCCGUGGCUGGGAAGAUUAUGGGGUGCGGUUUGUCGACUUGGGGGAGAUAUGCCGAGCUCCCAACGACCCAAAUCAGGGACGGAGCUCGCCCCUAGCCCAGGUUGAGGCGGUCCUAGCUAAGCAGCUGGAUUCAACAGACGGUCCGCCAAGCGGGGCAAUACAUCCUCAAGAUCUAGUAGGUCUUUCCUCAACGUCACCACUAUAUAAGCUAUAUCUACGGCAACUGUUGUCAAUCGCCUCCGUCUCACCUCAUGAAACGUUUCGUCACCCUGUAGCAAGUGUGAUUGCUAUUAGCUCUCGCAACUCAGCCCCCCUGGAAUCUCUUCGACAAUUGUAUGCCGAUACAAACAAUGGGCAACGAAAAGUGCCGGAGUGGAUCCAUCCAGAGUACCUUCGGUACUAUGUUCUUGUUCACGACGAGGAUCGCGAUGAUAUAACCGCCUCAACCAAACUCUAUGACCAAAUGAAGCGUCACUUUGGUUUACACUGUCACCUUCUGAGGCUACGCAGCAACCAGUGUGUGGUGACGGACGAUGAUAGUGUGCAAGUUCCAGAAUGCGAGUGGUUAUCGCCAUCAGAGCGGCUUUCUGAAAGGCCAGAACCACUUGUUGACCUUGACUCUGACGGUCUUCUAUACCUCUUCGAUUCUGACGUGAUGGCAAUCAAAGGGUUUGUUCGAGAACUCAUCGCACAGUCUGUUGUGCCAUUCAUGGAAAACAGGGUUGCUGUUUGGAACGAUCAGGUAGCGUCGCGAAGACGCGGUAUCAGUGGCCGGUUUAUGUCAAUGUCGCGCAAAUGGGCCGGUUUUGGAUCGAGCUCUCGCUCAAGUUCGGGCUCAGGCGGAGCAAGUGGGAACUAUAAUGUGUCUCAAGGCUACUACCACUAUGAUCAUUCUGAAGCUAUCCUGAGGAAGAUGGCAGACUACGCUUUCAUGCUUCGUGAUUGGAAGUUGGCCGCAUCUACUUAUGAGCUCUUACGCUCGGACUAUGCGAAUGACAAAGCCUGGAAAUACCAUGCAGGUGCGUACGAAAUGUGCGCCGUCAGCACAUUAUUAAACCCUCUUGGGGCGGGUUCGAAGAUUAAAGUCGAGGCCAUUGACCAAAUGUUCGACACUGCCUGCUAUUCCUAUCUCACUCGGUGCUCGGACGCCCCUACCACACUACGUUGCCUUACGUUGGCCGUCGAAUUGCUGAGAUCACGAGGCGGCUCAGCAGCCGAAAGCGCAGCCAAAUGGGCCAUGCGGGCCAUGGACCUUGGCUUGGUAGAGUCUGUCGGGCAAGGCCUUCUAAGCGAAAGGAUAUCCUCAUGUUACGCUUCGCGACCACCUCCAAACGGGGUACGAUUUGGUGGCCGCCGUCGCAAGGCUGGCAUGUGGAGCCUUUUCGCCGCCGAUAUGUGGCUCAGGCUUGGGAAGCCAGCAUUAGCCUCGGCCUGUCUCGAGGAAGCCGAACGUCUCUACGCGGAUGUACUGGGCAGUGAUGGCGUUUUCCCUAUGCCAGAGAUGCAGACUUUCGUCGAUAACCUCCGGCUCUCCGUGAAGGUUGGGUAUCUCGAAGCAAGAGGGUUGGAUAUUAAGGAGGAAACAGGCAGUACGGAUCCCUUGGACGACGAGGAAACCAGCGAGAAGCUAGACCGACGCAUGAACCGAAGGUCCUUGAUUGGCAACCUUAACCCCUUAGACACAGCUACUCUGGCUCAACUCCAGACCACGAGAGAUGGGGAUAGCGUGCCAAGUGACGAUUUUGAACGAGCAUAA